AUGGGUGCAAAAGACUCAAAACCUAGUUUUAUAUCGUACGAUGACGCAGUGAAGCGAGUGUCUGAUAGUGAGUUGAGACGUAUCCGCGAGGCGUUCAAGAGAUGUGCCGGUGCGAACGGGACGGCCUUGAGCCUGGAUGCCUUCGUGCACGAGGUGUUGUGCGAUGGAGUUCCAUACGAGGUCGCUGAGUGGCUGUACCAAGCGUGUGGUGGCACCAGGCGGGGUAUCGCUUUCAGAGAAUUACUCUGCGGGAUCGUGGUACUCACUAAGGGCAGUCUCGAGGAAAAAAUCAAGUUUUUAUGGACGUUGUACGUGAACAAUCAGAACGAUAAUGGGACGUAUUUGUAUAAGAGGGACUUUACUUAUGCGCUGCACUUUGAGAAUAAAUCAUUGCCCAUCACGGGUGCACACAAGACUGCGGAGGUAUUGACUGGUCUAUUUGGAGUUGGAGAUAAAGUAACCUUCGAACAGUUUCGGUCAUGGCUCCUGAUACACAAAGAUGCCACAGUGCUAUCUAAGUGGCUGCUUUCAGACCGUGUGAAUGUUUCUCAGGAUUUAGAGACUCCCACUUUUUAUCAAAGUUUGGCUGGUGUCACACAUUUGGAGGAAAGGGACAUAAUUGAAUUAGAAAAAUGCUUUUGGUCAUUAUGCAACGCGGCGCCUACGGGACAACUGGACGUGGAAAGUCUGACUCCAUUGCUGUCGCCUCCAUUACCCCGGGCGGCAGUGACUGGGGCGUUCCUGGCGUUCGAUGAGAACAGAGACGGACAUGUCGACUUUAAAGAGCUGUGCUGUGGGCUUAGCGCCGCCUGCAGAGGACCUAAGACUGAAAGGCUGAAGUGUAAGUACCAUUUGAUUCUUACAUUAUGCCGUAUGUACUACCCAUAA